ACACAUCGAACAUUGAAUUGAAUUGAACAGUUCAAUGUUCAUCGUUCAUCAUCCUCAAAUCUCAGUUCUCGUAUCUGCCUAGUUUUGGUUGGUAGUAAAAUUUCCCUAUGAAAUCCCCGUCUGGCAAACUUAAAAAUCAACUUGUUGUCCUGUCUUUCUUCCUCCAAUUGGCAAUAUGAUGGGACCGGCUACGUUCCAAGCGGUGCUGCUAUCUAUUUUGUGGCAAGAAGAGCUUGAGAAUUGAAGCUUGAGAAUUGAUGGAAGUCUCCAUCACCCUGUGCGAUGCUCGUUUGUGAAUUUGGAUUUAAAAUGAAAAAGCAUGGGAAGUCUCAGUAGGUACUGCUAAGUUUCCAAUAAACAUGACAUAAAAGUUCUUCCCUACAAAUCAAAGUACCAAAAAUUCGGCAAAAUGUUGUUGACUGUCUACUAUAUGGCUGCCACAUGGCUGCAAUCUUGGCGUUUGAACUCUAUGCGUGUCAAAAUUGCCCAGUUACAGAAAAAUAGAGGAUCUCUCAUUCUGUUUGGAAGCCAAGAGUCACCUCCUCAAGAAGGAAGUGCACCAGUCCAAAGCAACUCCAUCAACUGCAGUUUCUGCAUCAACACCAGUGAGGCUAGGAUCGGAGACUUGUUGUCUUAUGUGGGAAACAAGCUUUGUCUGUCCAUCUUCCCCCAGCAAGUGGUGGAUACGUCCAGUUGGAUCGGGGUGCCCAACAAAAAGACGUUGUUUCCCAUCGAGCUGUGUGGAAGUCCUACAGCGGAGAGUUCAGAUGAACAAACGAUCCAUGUUGUAUUGGAAGCCGACUUCAACUCAUUCAACAAACUCAAUCCAGUCCCCAACUGCCAGGUGGAAGAGUUUGGUGUGGCCAGAGCUUGGCAGGCUGGGGAAGUGCUGCUGCUACUUGUGGAGUGUGAUGAGGAGCAACUGUCUAAACUGACAUCAUUGUACAUGUCAAACACCAUUACUGUAGGACCUGGACUGGAGCUGCUUAGGAUAUUGUCGGUCGAUGUGAAGGGAAAACCAUGCUUACUUCUGAACGUUGAUUCUAUACCAGCCUACAACCCAGCGUCUCGCAGGGGAUCUAGUGUUCGCAAGAGAGCAGUGGCUGCUAGUCAGUGGCAGGCGCACGUCAGCGUGCUACGUAGCUUCAGUGUCUCUGCUGCUCAGGCGGCCAAACAACAAGCUCCUGCGCCUGUAGACGGUCACAGAGCAGCUAUGGUGGUGCCUGGGUCAGGCGCAGGCUUCACACCUCUGGAAGAGAUCAAACCCCUGCCUGGCAGUGAGGAGCCUGCAAGAGAGUUCAGUGACCCGAUGACUGUAGCCACACCUACAGUAGAAGAGCUUCCCCCACUAGAGGAUAGGUCAGUGUCUAUGACCAGUCUCAGUGCUCAGCCUGGCAGUACAGGCUCUAGCUUCGGCUCUCUCAGUAGAGUCAGUACAGAUACUCUCCAGGCCACCACUGCCAGUCAGGCCACUGCCAGCAUACACUCAAGCCUGGCAGUACAGGCUCUAGCUUCGGCUCUCUCAGUAGAGUCAGUACAGAUACUCUCCAGGCCACCACUGCCAGUCAGGCCACUGCCAGCAUACACUCAAGUCUCAGUGCUUAGCCUGGCAGUACAGGCUCUAGCUUCGGCUCUCUCAGUAGAGUCAGUACAGAUACUCUCCAGGCCACCACUGCCAGUCAGGCCACUGCCAGCAUACACUCAAGGUACAGUAGUCACAUGUACAAUAGAGGAUAGGUCAGUGUCUAUGACCAGUCUCAGUGCUCAGCCUGGCAGUACAGGCUCUAGCUUCGGCUCUCUCAGUAGAGUCAGUACAGAUACUCUCCAGGCCACCACUGCCAGUCAGGCCACUGCCAGCAUACACUCAAGUCUCAGUGCUCAGCCUGGCAGUACAGGCUCUAGCUUCGGCUCUCUCAGUAGAGUCAGUACAGAUACUCUCCAGGCCACCACUGCCAGUCAGGCCACUGCCAGCAUACACUCAAGCCUGGCAGUACAGGCUCUAGCUUCGGCUCUCUCAGUAGAGUCAGUACAGAUACUCUCCAGGCCACCACUGCCAGUCAGGCCACUGCCAGUAUACACUCAAGGUACAGUAGCCUCAUUUACAAUAGAGGAUAGGUCAGUGUCUAUGACCAGUCUCAGUGCUCAGCCUGGCAGUACAGGCUCUAGCUUCGGCUCUCUCAGUAGAGUCAGGUCAGAUACUCUCCAGGCCACCACUGCCAGUCAGGCCACUGCCAGCAUACACUCAAGCCUGGCAGUACAGGCUCUAGCUUUGGCUCUCUCAGUAGAGUCAGCACAGAUACUCUCCAGGCCACCACUGCCAGUCAGGCCACUGCCAGCAUACACUCAAGGUACAGUACCCUCAUGUACAGUAGAGGAUAGGUCAGUGUCUAUGACCAGUCUCAGUGCUCACCCUGGCAGUACAGGCUCUAGCUUCGGCUCUCUCAGUAGAGUCAGUACAGAUACUCUCCAGGCCACCACUGCCAGUCAGGCCACUGCCAGCAUACACUCAAGCCUGGCAGUACAGGCUCUAGCUUCGGCUCUCUCAGUAGAGUCAGUACAGAUACUCUCCAGGCCACCACUGCCAGUCAGGCCACUGCCAGCAUACACUCAAGGUACAGUAGUCAUUUGUACAGUAGAGGAUAGGUCAGUGUCUAUGACCAGUCUCAGUGCUCAGCCUGGCAGUACAGGCUCUAGCUUCGGCUCUCUCAGUAGAGUCAGCACAGAUACUCUCCAGGCCACCACUGCCAGUCAGGCCACUGCCAGCAUACACUCAAGCCUGGCAGUACAGGCUCUAGCUUCGGCUCUCUCAGUAGAGUCAGUACAGAUACUCUCCAGGCCACCACUGCCAGUCAGGCCACUGCCAGCAUACACUCAAGGUACAGUAGCCUCAUGUACAGUAGAGGAUAGGUCAGUGUCUAUGACCAGUCUCAGUGCUCAGCCUGGCAGUACAGGCUCUAGCUUCGGCUCUCUCAGUAGAGUCAGUACAGAUACUCUCCAGGCCACCACUGCCAGCAUACACUCAAGCCUGGCAGUACAGGCUCUAGCUUCGGCUCUCUCAGUAGAGUCAGUACAGAUACUCUCCAGGCCACCACUGCCAGCAUACACUCAAGGUACAGUAGCCUCAUGUACAAUAGAGGAUAGGUCAGUGUCUAUGACCAGUCUCAGUGCUCAGCCUGGCAGUACAGGCUCUAGCUUCGGCUCUCUCAGUAGAGUCAGUACAGAUACUCUCCAGGCCACCACUGCCAGUAUACACUCAAGCCUGGCAGUACAGGCUCUAGCUUCGGCUCUCUCAGUAGAGUCAGUACAGAUACUCUCCAGGCCACCACUGCCAGUCAGGCAACUGCCAGUAUACACUCAAGGUACAGUAGCCUCAUGUACAGUAGAGGAUAGGUCAGUGUCUAUGACCAGUCUCAGUGCUCAGCCUGGCAGUACAGGCUCUAGCUUCGGCUCUCUCAGUAGAGUCAGUACAGAUACUCUCCAGGCCACCACUGCCAGUCAGGCCACUGCCAGCAUACACUCAAGCCUGGCAGUACAGGCUCUAGCUUCGGCUCUCUCAGUAGAGUCAGUACAGAUACUCUCCAGGCCACCACUGCCAGUCAGGCCACUGCCAGCAUACACUCAAGUCUCAGUGCUUAGCCUGGCAGUACAGGCUCUAGCUUCGGCUCUCUCAGUAGAGUCAGUACAGAUACUCUCCAGGCCACCACUGCCAGUCAGGCCACUGCCAGCAUACACUCAAGAGGAUAGGUCAGUGUCUAUGACCAGUCUCAGUGCUCAGCCUGGCAGUACAGGCUCUAGCUUCGGCUCUCUCAGUAGAGUCAGUACAGAUACUCUCCAGGCCACCACUGCCAGUCAGGCCACUGCCAGCAUACACUCAAGAGCUGGCCUGGUGAAUGGGAGCAGUGGCAGUUUCAGUUCUCUGCGGUCAGCCACCAACACUCCCAAACACAUCAAGGUGACUGUCCCUCAUCACGCAGACACCACGGGCAAACCUCCCAACAUCAUUGUGUUCAGCGAGAGUUCCGUGUCUGCGGACAGCGUCAGGAACACUCUGCAAUCCGUGCUGCACAAGCAUAGGUACACCAUCACCAACCUGAACGUCACCCAGAUGUGUUCCCCGUUUGUUGCCCAAGCCGCUCUCGUGGUGGUGUGUGGAGGUGUGCCUGCUCCCCUGGCUCCCAUACUGCUCCAGUAUGUACUCCAACAGGGUGGCUCACUCUUGUGCCUCUGCUCCGACCUUCUCGGAGUCUUCCUGCCGAUCUUCCGAACUGCCGAAGUACGGCCCGACCAACUAGUCACCUUCUCAUACUCCCACUGGAAACACGUCCAGAUGCUACAUCAUAUUUUUUGCUACCAACAAUCUAGUUCGGCCAAGUUCUCCUCACCUGAUGAUACCAGCAGUACGGACAUCCCCAAGUCAGUGGAAGUGUUGGACAGUGACAACAAGCUACACACAUUGUCAGUCAGAGUGCUGGGAGUAGAGGAGACGUGGCAGACACCCAGUCUGUUGAUGGCCACUGAGGCUCACUCUGGUGGCAAGGUUGUCUUCUCUCAGGUACAUCUGGAAGCAGAUCCGGUCCAGUACGAGGGAGAUGGAGACAAAGCCAAGGCCCUGAAGGAGAGCAAUCAUGCUCGACUGGAGAUCUUCUCUGACCUGCUGACAACCCAUCUGGGCCUUGAGUGUAACAAGGAGAAGGGAGACAAGAAGUAUUCUGUCGCUUACUUCCUUGGAUCUCAUGAGCUGAAACAAGAGUUCCUGAGUCGGCACAAGAACCGGCUGGAGGGAGGCAACACUCUCAAAUUGCCAGAUGUGACUCUCAAGUUCUGCGGGAAAGGAGUUUCUCCUCCGGAAGCAUCGGCAAACCUCAUGCCAGUCCUGCUGUACACCUGCCCUGAGUCCUUCUCCACUGUCAGCUACUUUGAUAAUCUCGGGUCACAGACUCUCGGACGUCUGGUGAUCUUCUCAGAUGUUAUGAAGACUGCCAUGGCUGUCCUGUCAGGCCCGCCACUGGCCCACGGACUGGCCGUCAUACCUUGCCAGCAGACAUCGGGUGUAGGUAGAGGAGGCACCACGUGGCUUAGUCCCGAUGGUUGUGCCAUGUUUGGUCUACAACUGCACAUCCCUCUCAAGUCAGAGCUGGGUAGACUGUUGCCCUUCCUACAACACACAGUAGCCGUGGCGAUAGUGUCCAGCAUAUCUUCUCAGCCUGGCCUUGAUGUAUUGGAACUUGGUGUCAAGUGGCCCAACGACAUCUACGCAGGCACAGUGAAGGUUGGGGGAUUGAUAAUCACCAGUGUCUACACCAACGGAUGUGCCAUUUGUAACAUUGGCUGUGGUUUCAACCUGGACAACAAGCUGCCGACUGUGUGUAUUAACGACAUGAUCACUCAACUGAACAAAGCCUCCGGACAGAAACUGCCUCUGUUGACCAAAGAGAAGUACUUUGCCAUUCUGUUCACUGAGCUGGAGAAGCUGUUGCUCAUGAUAGAGAUGGGACAACAAGACAAAGUCAUAGAGUUGUAUUACAAGUAUUGGCUACACACGAACGCUGAGGUGGACGUCACAGACUCUGAUGGUCAUACACGUCACGUAACCAUCGUCGGUGUGGACGAGUUUGGCUUCCUACGAGUGAAGGGUGCAGACAAGGUGGAGUUCACUGUUCAACCGGACGGCAACUCAUUUGACAUGAUGGCAGGCCUCAUCGCUCCCAAAGUCAUCAAGUAACUGCCCCAGUUGAUAAUGCAAACAGCUGAUUGAGUCACUAGCAUAUCAGCUGGACAAUGCUCUCUCAAGCUUUCUCAGUGUGUUCGCGAUCAUGUUUGGAAACCUGAUAUUAGAUUUUCGGAAAUGAUUUACCACGUGACUGGUGUUGAGUUGAGAUAUGUUCGUAUUCAUUACCUAUGUUGUUUUAAACAUAGAACACAAGUAAGAAGUCUAGUAUUUUUUCAUUUUAAAAUUAUAAAUUUGUUAGAAAUUAAAUAUUUUUAAACUAUUUUUUAGGUUGUGGCAAUAGUCUAUGAAACUGAUGAUAAUUUGUCAAUCAUUAUAUUCAAAAAUAUUAAAUGAAAAUACAGUAAUAUGUAUUUAAUUUGUUUGAAAUGUUUUUAUUGUUGAGUGUUAAAAAAAAUCUAGUCAUAAAUCUACCAGUUAUAUAAAUUAUUUUAUUGUAAAAAAGUUAGGCUAAUCCUAAAAGUAAAAAAAUGAAGUAUGACCUUUACAUUAUUUUCACUCUAUCCACAUUUAGCAAGAAACAAGAGCUAAAUGUUUUUUUGGAAGAAUGAAAUUAACACACUGAGAAAGCUCUAAUCCCAAAGAAUCUGUGUGUAGUUCAUCUAUUAAGUACUUAAAUACCGACUUUUACAGGUGUUUUGAAAUAUUUAUUGUGCAUUUAAUAGUCCCACUCAUCUCACUAUAUAUAAGUAUCGUGUACGAUCCACUUUCAUUUUUUACUAGCAAGGAUGUUAGCUGUAGAAAUUUGUUUUAACUCCAAUUGUACCGUUACCGUUGGAAGUUGAAGUAUAUAUUUUUGUGUGGAACUAAGUUCACAGGCCUAUCAUAGACGAUAGUUUCUAUUAUUCUAAAACAUUCCCUUUGCUGUGAUUCUAAAUCAGACAUUACAUAUUUAAACUGUGUUGUACAUAAUGUUAUGGACUUUUAUCUGGACAUUCCAAUAGGUUUAUGUUCGCUUUCGGACAGUGGUAAUUGCAAAUAUAUUUGAUGAGUUAUCGUACGCUGGACUGAUGGUUUUGAUAGUAGUAGAUCGAUAAUAUGAAAGCUAAACGCAAAUAAGUUGUUGAAAUAAAACAUCUAUUUUCAUUCAGCUGAGGCAUAUUCUCCUUUAAUACAUUGGUAUGUUGCAUUGUCGCUCCGGCCGGCCCGUUGCUACGGUAAUAAACGUUUAAACAUAAACAUUGUGCAGAAACUCGGUAGACCCGUACUGCGGCGUGCCCACUUUUGUCUCCCCACGUUCUUGUAUCAGAGAACUUCAUGCCUAACGUUUACUUGAUUUUACCACAGACAUCACAUAGCUCGUAAACGUUACACUUCCUCAAAAUGAAUGUAUAGGUUUCAAUGAGGUUUGGAUUAUUUUUGAAGUGUUCUACUGUUUUACUCGUCUUAAAUUUCUCAUUCAAGUUAUUGUUAUACUGAAUACUUAAUAUUAUAUUUGUAUUGUGUUUAGCUUGUUAAUAUCUUAAUGUAGUACCAAAAAUAAGGUUUCUUACAAUUAGUUGAGAAUAGGUUUAAAUGGUUAAAAAUUAAACCUACGAUUUAAAUCUGUUCAUAAAAAUGUGUUAAGAAUCUCACCGUGCUAAUAUACUGUAUUUAUUCAAGUGUGUUACAGUAUGUUAUAUGUCUCUCAGUUUUGCUAUUAAUUAUGUUGUUGAACGCUGCAAAUUGAACAAAUACAUUGUUGCAGUUUAAUCUGAACAACUUUUUGAGGUCCCAAGAAAAAAUACAAAACUAGUCAGUAAUUAAUUAAAGAGAACUAAUUAAAGUAACCUUACACACAAAUUCAACUGUGAUAAACCUAUAAAUUAAAUCUAUCUAGUUCUUGCACUAUGAACUUAAAAAAUAGUUGCCAGAUUAUUUCUUGCCAUUCAUGUACUUAAAUCUUGCUAGGUUUGUAGUUAGUACUACUAAGUUAUUGUACUGUUACUAGUAACAGAUUAAGGAUGUUACCAUAAAAUGGUCCAUUGAUAGAUUAUUGUUCGUUGAUUGAUUAAAGGAUUCAAUUUAUUUGAAAAUGUAUAAAAAAUAAUUAUUUAAUUAAAUUUUUUUGUUAAUACUUGUGUCGUUAACACUAAUUUUACGCGAUAGUUGCGUUAACUACUAUUUUAAACUGUACAACUAAACUCCAUCAGCAUAUGUUGGGUUUUCAUGUUAUCUUUCUUACCUAUCUUUACAACAGUUGUGAAUGGGACCACGUGUGUUCAAAAAAAGAUAUGCAGGGGUCAGAUAAAAAAAAAACAGAGGUUGUAGUAUUGCUAAAAGUGUUUGUAGGGAAUAUUAUAUUUCACCACUAGUCAUGAAAGUGACCCAUUUCGGGACGAGAUAGUAGUACGGACAUGCGAGUGAUAUUUUACAUGGGAAACACUAUCGAGCCCCAAAAUGGGACUUUCUUGACAAGUAUUGAACGAUACUUUUUAUCUCAAUGAAAAAAACUACUUCAUGAAAUAAAAAAAUAAAAAUUAUCUGACAUUUCGUAAUCUAUUUAUAUUUCUUUGUUGAUGUCAGGCAAAGUAUUGUUUGUGUAGCGAAAGUAAUGUUUAUGUCAGGAAAAGUCAGCUGAUCACUAUUUGUUUUUGGUGUAUAGAAAUUGACGAUUUUCAAAGAUCUCAGCUGUAUGGAAAUGGGCUAUUUUCGAAUAAAGAGUGAAGAAAAAUAUUGUACUGUUUGCAGUACAAACGCAUACGUUAUUGUAAUUACAAUGGCUUACUGUUAUUGUGCUUAGGUUGUGUUCAAACUUUAAUUGUUUGGUUUUAACAUAUCAUGAUUCCUAUAUUUAUAUACACGUUUUGCGAUACCACUUAUUUAUUUAUUCUCAGUUUUUAUACAAUUUUGUUGUUUGUAGAUAUUUUACAUUUUCAAUUUUUUUUUAUAUUACCUACUGUUUGGAUGUUAUGUAAUUGAUUUUUAUGAAUAUUUUAACUAUUUGUAAUGGAUAAGUUUCAGUUUGUGUUUUCUUACAACAUAUUAUGUUUAUUCUCCAGUUUUCCCUCAAUGCUGAUUCACGUAUAGAAACAUUUCCUAUCCUCUUACCAGGUUCAGUUGUUGGUUUGUUGCGGAAUCAGGUGUUGUUUAUUUUUACAACUUUUAGUUUUCAGUACUUUCUGUUGUAACUGUGUUGCUUUCAAAGCAAAGAUUGUGAUCUGAGUGAAUAUUUAUUUAUAUAAAAAAAUAAUGCCAGUUGGGCAGAGGAUAAGUGUUUAAUAUUGACAAAAUCAAAUAAUUAUAUAUUUAGUUAGGUGCUAUGUAGCGUUAGGUGUGCCCGUCCCGAAUGUCCUAGUAUAUUUUAUGAAUAUUUUAUAACUAAUAUUGAUUUAAAAAAUAUUAACUACCACAAUACUAGUUUCACAGUGAUAGUGCCUUUAUUGAUGGAUCCAUUGUUAAUUGAUUUUUGUCUUUACUUUCAAGUUAAAUUAAUAUGAACCCAAGUUCUUUCCAGUUUCAUUGCUACUGGUAAAAUAUGUAUGAACCACAAUUUGGCCAACUAUGGUCUACAAGUGAAGAUUGAGAAUAAUAAGGGAUGCUUUUCGACUUUUAUCCGUAACUUACAGAUUUUCAAAUCAAACCGUUUAAAAACAUAUUUACAUGUACUUAAAUGAUAGUAAAUGUUUUACAAAGCUCAUGUUACAUAUCUGUUUGUAUUUUGAUGUGCUUUAUAAAAAUAAUUUAAUCCUAGAACAUAAAUCAUUAUGAUUUUCAACUAUAAGAUUAAAAUAUUAUAUCUAGACUUCAAAAUUUAAAUCUUUUAAGAAUACUAUUUUACACAGCUCCAAUUCAACUUUCAACCACCGUGACAGUGGGAAUUCUUCUUAUAAACUCGUUGUAAUGUUUCAAAUAAAUGCACUUCUUCUAAUCGAAGGAAUGGAAGUAGAAAAAUCUGAAGGUUCUAGGAUUAAAGCGCACAGCUUUGAAUACAUGGAAGAUUGACGUAGCUCAUAGUCACUAGUUAAGCCUCUCGUCGUCUGCUAGUCUGUGCCAGUUAGAAGUGUUGUCUGUGUCAUGGAGUUAUUUGGUAAUUCAUUCCAGAUUUGCAUUUCUAAAAUACUGUCAAACAUUUUGCUGUAAUUUUUUGUUCAUCAAUGUCGAAUGUAUACAUUUUAUCGUUCCUUAGAUUUUAUCGUUAGGUUUAAUUUGAGUGAGAUUUUUAAAAGAGUUGUUUCAAAAACAAGUUCACUCUAUUUGUGAAAAUCCAUUUGCAAUAAGUAUAUUUUAAGUUAUAUAUUGUCUAAAUAUUCAAAAGACCUCUGUUGAUGUGUUGUUUUUUAUUGUUUAUCAUUAGUUGUUUGUGAAAAAAUGUAGUCAGACUACACUCAUUUAUUUAUUUAUGUUUGAAUAAGAUGUUGUUGUUUAUCGA